CUUUUUUCUUUUUUUAUGAUUUUUCAAAAGAAGACUAUUAUAGUAUGAAUCUCCUUCUUUUACUGGAACGAUGUGAUUAUAACCUUGACAAGGCUUUUAUCGAGAUUUUUGAUCGCGGUUCUUCUCAGAUCUCUUCACAGUGCUCCUUGGCUAGUGCUCUUGCUGACAUUGUUCUCCUCAGGUAAAACAUCAUAUGAAUUAUCAGGACUGUGUGAUAAACAAUUUCUACCCUUUUAAUUAACCAUUAAUAUUAUUCGCGUUUUGGGUUUCUUCCUUCUGGGAAUAGAAUGAAUCAUAGCAAACAGCACCAAUCAGCCUCCUUCUCAGAGAGUGUACAAAAAGAAAUAGCUUUCUUACAUGAAGAACAUACUACUUGGCGACUACUGGAUACUAUACAAAGGUCGACCAAUCCUCUCCAAAAAUGCUCAGGUAUAAAGGAAUGGAUUAGCAAGACGCCCGACACUACUAUUAUAUCAGAUAUGUUAUUACAAGAUACCGUAGAAAAUGAAAUAGACGAAGAGAUUCAAGCAAUGAUUGGAUUUUCUGUACAGCAGCAUACCUCAAUAUCGACAUCAUCAACUAGAAAUAACCAUUCAACAAACCGACGCCCUGGAUUCCAUUUUGAUGAUGAUGAUGACGAUAGUGAUGAUGAUAUCAACAUGAAUAUGGAUGAUGUUUUACCGGAUAUUCCUCAACUAAGACGACAGAAACAACAAUCAGAUCAUAAAAAUCAAAAUAUCGACAUUGAAUUUGAAAAGAUCAAUAAAACUUUAUACACUCUUUUACGAAAAGGUGAUUUGGACAAAGUCAUCGAAUUUUUAUCGACAAAUGAUGAACCUUGGCGUACCAUGCUAUUCAAGUCAUAUGUUCAGCGUUGCAAAAAAAUACAAGAGGGCAAAUCAAUCGAAUGGGAUACAGAUGAGCAGCAAUCAUGGCGAUUAUCAUGCAAAGGUUUAUUGAAAAAGCAUGGGUUAGGUCCUUAUGGAAAAGCCGUUUAUGCGCUACUAUUAGGUGAUGUUACUGAUGUUUUACCGGUAUGCAAAACUUGGGAAGAUGUAAUCUGGGCCUAUUACAAUGCGCUAAUGGAACAUCUUUUGGGUGCAGCAUCUGAUACCUCAGUUAUGGAAGAUGAUAGUACGGUGCUCAGCAAAAAAUAUGAAAAUAUUGCUAAUCAGAAAGAUCCUAUUCUACCAAGGGGGCAUCCUAAGCUCUUUUUUCAUUUGGUCCAAGUACAUCUAUUGAACCAAGAUUUAUCACUAGUAUUUGAAUUGGUACGCCACAAAUAUACAAGUAGACAAAAUAGUAGUCCAGCUCUUCUUCGAUGAUAUGCGACUUCAUAUGGAUCGAUUCUUAGCUGCACUUGUAGUAUAUGCAAGACGCUAUUUGAAUACCUCUACAGGAGAUACGAAUGCCGAAUCCAUUGUAUACGAAUAUGCAGAACGAAACCAUCAACCACUGACAUUCAACCCCAAGGUUGUAGCAUUUUAUGCA